CGUCGCGCAGGUCGUCGGGGAAGGUGGUGGGCGUUCCUCCGUGUGUCCGUCCCGCUGCUGACUGUUGAUGCCGAGAAGAUUUAGUCUCCUCCACGAACAGCUCUCCCGAUGUUUCUUCCUACGCUUGUGGAGGACAUGCAUCAUUUUAAGCCUAGUCGAGACAGACUGUACACCACCAGGUGUUGUGGAUGUUGCCACGUCCGGACGGGGACGAUCAUCCUGGGAACCUGGUACAUGGUCGUCAACCUGUUGAUGGGCAUCCUGCUGACUGUAGCUGUGACCCACCCAGAGAACGUGCCAACCAUUGACUUGCAGUAUGAGGUCAUCGACCAUUACUUUGCCUCUGACAGGAUGUCUGAGAAUGCCUGUGUUGGAUUUGCCAUCUCUCUGCUGAUGCUCACUAUCAGUGCCAUGAUGGUGUAUGGAGCCAUUACUCAUCGCGACGGCUGGCUCAUCCCGUUUUUCUGCUACCAGCUGUUUGACUUCGCUCUGAGCUGCCUGGUGGCCAUCAGUUCCCUCACCUACCUGCCCAGGAUCAAGGACUACCUGGACCAGCUGCCGGAUUUCCCGUACAAGGACAACCUCCUCUCUCUGGACUCCAGCUGCCUGCUGCUGUUUGUGCUGGUCUUCUUUGCCUUCCUCAUCAUCCUCAAGGCUUACUUGAUCAACUGUGUGUGGAACUGCUACAAGUACAUCAACAACAGGAACAUGCCAGAGAUUGCUGUCUACCCCGCCUUUGAGACCCCUCCCCAGUACAUCCUGCCCACCUACGAGAUGGCAAUGAAGAUGCCAGAGAAGGAGCCGCCUCCCCCUUACAUGCCCGCUUAAGCACCAGCACUGUUGCCAAAACACUCGCACAUACACACGCACACCCACACCACCAUAUGCAUUCCUACCUUCCCUCACUAACCCUUUCUGAACACCCAUUACGGCCUCACCCUCUCCCUCUGACCCACUGUGUAUGUGUAAGGCCACUGAAAAAUGUUUUGUUCGACCCUUCCCCCUCUCUGUAUUUCUGUAUCGAGCAUCCUGGUGGUGUGAGAGGAAGAAAGGUGGGAAAGACUGAAAUCUGAAUGAAUGUGAUGUUUGAAAAGCUACCAGCCCCCUCCUCCCCUCCCCACUCCCACUCUGGCCUUUUUUUUAUGUCUUAGUAAAAGGGAUACGUGAAAAAAUUGCUUGAAAUGCUAUCAUCAAUCCAGCACCAUCCUAUCUAUAGAUUGAUAUAUGAAGUGUAAAAAAAAAAAAAAAAAUCUAUUAUGACAAUCCACUUAUUAUAGCUCUUAUUGUUGAAUUGUGUUACUUCCCCCUCCACCCCCACCCCCACCCAUACUUAUUAAGAUCUAGACUAUUCCAGCUCAGCCUUGAAUGGACUCUGUAGCACUUUUUUUGUCUGUUAUUUAUUUAGCUUUGCUGUGGUUCAGUUCACCACCAUCCCUGAUGUUUUCAUCACCCUCUGCCGCCCUGAUGUGUCAGCAGAGCUACUGAAUAGUUUUCCAGCUGCAGACUGCAGAGAGACAGCAGAGGGCCACUGGUGAUGGAUCAUUUUUUCCCUGCUUCUUUCUCACCAGACAUCUGGAGCAAACAGCUAGUCUUGUGAACAUUAGUAGUUGCAUGCUUAUCAACAACCCCACCCCCCCGAACCCCUCACGCCACCAUUACUUUUCUGGUAAUAUGAUUUUAGUGGAAAAACAUUGAACUUCAAUAAAACUUUCAGAACA